CCGCCGAGUGUCGUGAGGAGAGGUGACGUAAGAGAACGAAUCCUCGCUUCAUAACAAACUGUGCCGACCAGCUGAUACCAGAAGGCAGCGCGAGUUCAUCGAGUCCAGGGUGUUCGACGUGAGGAGGAAUUUGGAGGACGACUACCGGCUAACUACUGUUAAUAUAAACGAAGGGAUGUCGGACGAGGCAGAGCUGGCACACACCUCGGACAGAGGAUUGAUAAGGUGCCUUAGCGCGGCUGCUAGGUCUGUCCUGUAUUUCCCAUUGAGACAGCUCGGUAGAGCGUGAGUGCGCGCGCCCCCCCCCACUCACCACGGGUUAAUAACGGUCACUUGGGCAGCGCGUGGAGGUCAGCUGCAACCGACCCCGUGACCUGCAGGCAGGAGAGCUCGCGCUCAGUGUGUGGGCACGUGGGGGACAUAACAUGAGAGAGUCCUCACUGUGUCUACAGAGUGACCAAUGACUAUUACUGGACUGCUGGCUAGCGCAGUGACCAAUGACUAUUACUGGACUGCUGGCUAGCGCAGUGACCAAUGACUAUUACUGGACUGCUGGCUAGCGCAGUGACCAAUGACUAUUACUGGACUGCUGGCUAGUGCAGUGACCAAUGACUAUUACUGGACUGCUGGCUAGCAAAGUGACCAAUGACUAUUACUGGACUGCUGGCUAGUGCAGUGACCAAUGACUAUUACCGGACUGCUGGCUAGCGCAGUGACCAAUGACUAUUACUGGACUGCUGGCUAGUGCAGUGACAAAUGACUAUUACUGGACUGCUGGCUAGUGCAGUGACCAAUGACUAUUACCGGACUGCUGGCUAGCGCAGUGACCAAUGACUAUUACCGGACUGCUGGCUAGCGCAGUGACAAAUGACUAUUACCGGACUGCUGGCUAGUGCAGUGACCAAUGACUAUUACCGGACUGCUGGCUAGCGCAGUGACCAAUGACUAUUACCGGACUGCUGGCUAGCGCAGUGACCAAUGACUAUUACCGGACUGCUGGCUAGCGCAGUGACCAAUGACUAUUACCGGACUGCUGGCUAGCGCAGUGACCAAUGACUAUUACCGGACUGCUGGCUAGCGCAGUGACCAAUGACUAUUACCGGACUGCUGGCUAGCGCAGUGACCAAUGACUUACCGGACUGCUGGCUAGCGCAGUGACCAAUGACUAUUACCGGACUGCUGGCUAGCGCAGUGACCAAUGACUAUUACCGGACUGCUGGCUAGCGCAGUGACCAAUGACUAUUACCGGACUGCUGGCUAGCGGACCAAUGACUAUUACGACCAGCUGGCUAUGCAGUGACCAAUGACUAUUACCGGACUGCUGGCUAGCGCAGUGACCAAUGACUAUUACCGGACUGCUGGCUAGCGCAGUGACCAAUGACUAUUACCGGACUGCUGGCUAGCGCAGUGACCAAUGACUAUUACCGGACUGCUGGCUAGCGCAGUGACCAAUGACUUACCGGACUGCUGGCUAGCGCAGUGACCAAUGACUAUUACCGGACUGCUGGCUAGCGCAGUGACCAAUGACUAUUACCGGACUGCUGGCUAGCGCAGUGACCAAUGACUAUUACCGGACUGCUGGCUAGCGCAGUGACCAAUGACUAUUACCGGACUGCUGGCUAGCGCAGUGACCAAUGACUAUUACCGGACUGCUGGCUAGCGCAGUGACCAAUGACUAUUACUGGACUGCUGGUUAGUGCAGUGACCAAUGACUAUUACUGGACUGCUGGCUAGCGCAGUGACCAAUGGCCACUAAUCGCUAGUACUGGACUACUGGCUAGUAAAUUGACCAAUGACUAUUACUGGGACUACUUAUGGUCCUGGCACUGUGAACUACACAUUUUAUGAUGGUGACUAAAAAUGUUAUAUGGUGCUUUAAAAAAAACAAAAACAAAACAUCCUGGCACUUAAUUUUUUUUUUUUUUUUAAAUAGUAAUUUUGAUUAGGUGCUCUUGUACCUUUUUUAAAGUCAAAAAUUUGUAAAUUGUUAAUUGCUGGCUAUAAAGCACCAACAUAUUCAGCAGCUGUGUAUAGUAGGUGGUGUAAGAAAAGUUAGUUGGGUUUAAAGACGCCAAAGGUGUUGAGGAAACUGCUAAGAUAAUGACCUUUUUAAUUUUUUUAGUUAUGAGGCUGCUAUAUAAGGACAGCCCUGACUUGGGUGGAGGAUGAUUGGGUAUUGAUGCAUUUUUGUUGGUCUUGUAUGAAUCUUACAGGGUUCUUCUUAAACUGGGAAUAGUCAGAAAAUCACAAUAGACUAGCAUAGUUAAUAUGAAAUUGUAUAUGUGGUGAAGCUUUUUCAUUCUUUUUAAAAUUUGCAACUCACUUGGGAAUUCCUAAAAUUCUAAGUCUAGUGAACAGUACUGCUUCCCCCACCCCCCUCCCCCGAAGAUGUGGUAAAACUUCAUUGCUGGUUUAGUUUCAGAAUAAUAAUAAAUUUUAUGACAUAGGAAACAAUGGUAUCUGGGUUCUCCAUAACCAGUUUGUAAAUGUGUAAAAUGUCAAAAGAACAAGCGGUUUUUAUCACUUGUGGUACUCAGGAACGGGUACCUUCUAAUUAUACCAUGUCAAUCAGAGUUUGUGUCACCAGAACACUAUAUUUAACAAUUUUUACAUAGCUACCAUGUCCAGAAUGUGUUUCAUAGAUUGACAACGUAUACAGUAGUUGGUGAUAAUAGGUUGGUACUUCAAUACAUUGCAAUGUAGUUACUGAUGACACUUAGAUGAUACAUCAUUAUAAACUAAAGAAUGUUUGCAGCAAAUUAUUGAGCGUGCCAGAAAUUUAUUUUAAAUAUUGUAUAAAUCAACAUUGUUUAAAAAGUGUGGCAGUAUUUUCCAGUCUAGUAUACCUAGCUUUCUAUCGUUGGUAGUGGACGUGUGGAGUUGUGCCUGUCAAACUGUUCUAGAAUGCACUAUGGCGUUUUAAGUGGUUGGAAUGUUCCUUUAAGGGAACACUAGUGUUAGGAAUCCAAAUCUGUAUUCCUAACUCUAUAUUUGCCCCCAUGCACUCCCCUAUGGCAAUGAAAGGGUUUUUAGCACACAAAAAAAACUUGAAACACCUAUUCAAUUCCAGCACCUUCCUCUGUGCUUGCUCAGUUUCCACUUCCUCAUAACGAGUGGGACCUAAGUGACAUGUGCAUUAGGAAAGCAUUGAGUCAGUGCUUUCUUCUAGGGAUUUAGAUUAGAAGACGCUGAAUGUCUCAUGCAGUCUGGGAAACAGGCACUAGAGGCAGUCUUGCCAUGCAAUGUAAACAAUGCUGUUUCUUUAAAAUUUUAAUGUUUUCUGCUGCAGGGUUAAAGGGAAACUAUAUAGGAUAGAAAUACAAAACUGUAUUCCUAGCCUGUAGUACCCCCCCCACACACUUUAAAAAAUCUUGUCACUUACCUGAAUCCAGCUCUGAUGCCCCUUGGUGCUGGGUCAGGCUUCGCCUUUGCGCCUCCUCCCCAAUAUCGGGGGACCUAGUGCACCAUUGCAUUAGCAAACCACAUGGGAAAUCACUGAAUCAAGGCUUUCCUAAGGAAUUUUGACUGAAGUUAGAUGUCCUCAUGCAUACCAAAAGUUAUCAAACCACCCGGAAGUCCCUCCUAGGUAGGGGUAACCCUGCAACGUAAAUAUUGUAGUUUUCAAUAACUGCAAUAAUUACCAUUGCAGGUUUAAACUGACAGGGACGCUGCACCCAGACCACUUCCAUGAAAUUAAGUGGUCUGGAUGACUAUAGAGUCCGUUUAAAGUGUAACUUAUGAAUAAUUCACAAGAGAAUUGCAUGUUUUCAGUCAAAAUAGCCUAAUAGUAUUUUCCAGUUAGUAUGUUUUUUUAAAAACAAACAGAAUUUUCAGUCAGAAUUUUGUAAGCAAUGUUAGGGAUUCUGCCAUUAAACAGUGAAUUGUGCUGUCUUGCCACAGACGUCCCUGCGUAAUGCUCAUUUUUAAGAUACUAUAUCCUGCUUGUUGGUGAUACGAUAUGCUGUUGCAGUGUCAUAUGGUGUUUAAUAUUUAAAUGUUUAAUUCAACUGGAAAUGUCUGUGGUGUAAGGUGUUGUUUGCUUUGUCAGUAUUUACAUGUAUAAUCAGUCCUUCUAAAUACUUUUUCUCUCUCAAAGCAUGUUUUUGAGUUUACUAAUUGGUACAGUAAGGUUUGCAUAAUUUAAUACUGAUGCUAAGAAUAAUUAUCAAAUGUAUUUUGUCCUUUGCUAUUAUUUAUUUUACGCUAAGAUUUGGACUUUGCUCACUUUCCUAUUUGGGUGUUUUUGUUUUCCACAUUGAUCAUGCCCAUGAAAAACCAUUCAUUUGGUAUUUUCAUUGUUAAAAAUGGGCAUAAUAUCAUAAGACUUCUAUUGAUCCAUGUUUAAAAGGACUGUCAUCGACAUGAAUACCCAACACGUGGAUGAACAGGUUCUGUAGGUGUCUGUACUGUACACAACGUACUCUUAUGACUUUGCCUAAAGCAAUGCAUUCCAUGUGAAGCAUGCGUGUUCACAAAGGUAUUCCUGUAGCAAAUCUCAUAUCUAGGGUUAAAUUAGACACGUGGUUACUUACAUCUGAAAAUCUGUGUAGUUACUAACCAUUUUUGUGGGUGAAAUUAUUUGCAAUUACGUACUCACAUUUGUGACUGUAGCACUUUAAAACACUGCACCAGAAUAUUUGAAAAAUUACACUUGGACAUGGAACAUUUUAAUCAUGACAACCUAUUUCUCUUGUAUGGGUUAACUGUUAUGAUCCAGAAAACUCCACUGUCUGCCACCCAUCCUUCUGUUUCUUAUAACUAUAGAACAUAUUCUCCAACUAUGCUUUAGUCACUGCUUGACUGUCUUAGAUGGAAUUUUGCAAUUUGAUUUUCAGUUCAAUGUUCACUAAAUAAACCUUAUGAAUGAGUCGGUCAUCUAAUAGAGAAGGUGCUUAUGUCUUCAGAUCUUUUUGGGCAGUAGUGUUCAGGUUUAUGGAGGAUCCAUAGAUCACAUAGUUGCUGUGAUUUGACAAAAGUUGACAGCAAAGUUCCGACAACUCAGUCAGCACGAGUAUUUAAAGAGAGCCCAAUAGUGCCAGGAAAACAGUAGUUAAAAUCCCUUCAGUCACCUAGAUAAUUCCAGUGCCGAUGUCCCUCAGUGCUGGGUCAGGCUGUGCCCAUGCUCCUUCCCAGCAAACAGGUGAGACCUAAUGCGCAUGCGCGGCAAUGUCCGAGCUCGUAUUAGGAUUUCCCCGUAGGAAAGCAUUAAUCAAUGCUUUCCUAUGGGAAAAUCUGACGAUGGAGAUCCUCAUGCAGAGCAUGAGGACGUCCAGCGUCGGAUAACAUACCGAAGGUCCGUUUCAAACCAGGAAGCCCUCUAGUGGCUGUCUGGUAGACAGCCACUUGAGGUGGAGUUAACCCUGAGAGGUAAUUAUUGCAGUUACUCAGAAACUGCAAUAAUUACCACUGUAGGGUUAAGGGAUAUGGGAUAUUGCACUCAGGACCACUUCAGUGAGCUGAAGUGGUCUGGGUGCCUACAGUGUCCCUUUAAUAAAGAUAUCAUCUUUAUUUGGUGCUCAGAAAUGACAGAGCUUAUUCAGAGGGUUAGUACUCAUAAUCACUACAGAAAUAUGCUUAGAACUGACUUUGGCCAGCCAGGAACUCUUAUUUUCAGCUGGCUAAUGUAGCCCCAAUGACUCUUCUAUACUUUGAUAGCAGACUUUUAAACUUCACGUGGACAGCAUUUCACUGUCAAAAUGAUAGCAGAGAACCUAUAGUCUUGAAAACAACUAUUUUCAAUGACUAUAGGUUCUCAUUAAAUACUACCUAAUUUUUUAUUUUAUUUUUUUAAAGCAUGUUUCCCCCUGGGUAAUCCAUGCAAAGUCUUAACCCUGGAUCGCUUUCUGGCUACUUUGUAUUACAGGAAUGCUUGGGUAAAUACACAAGGGAUGUAUUGUAAAUAGUCACUGGUUUAUGUAAUUUGCAUUAGUUAUGUAAAAGAGCCUUCUCUAGUAUGAGUUAAACUAUCGCAAAGGUUACACUUUUUUUUUUUAUUUUAUUUUUUUUUAUAAAUCAAAAGGUGGGGACAGAGGGACACCAUAGUGUUACGAAUAAAGCUUUGUAUUACUAACAUUGUAGUGUUCCUUUUAAUGUUUUUGUUGACUGCAUCACUUUGCACUAGUGUUUUUUUUUUUUUUUUUGUUUUUUUUUUUUCCUCUGCUUCCUAUUUAUAAAUACAUCAGUAUUGUCCUUAAAGUGUCUGUUGCUUUGUGAUACUUUAAGCAUUUCAAUCAGAUUUUUAGUGCAUUGGAAUUUCCUAUGGAUAUAAAACAUAGUAGAUACCAGAAAGUGAAAUAGCCACUUGACUGCUGUUUAAAACAAUAGUGUGCUCUGAUAGACCAUGAAAUAGAAUCUGUGUACAUAGUCCCACUUCUAAAUACCGUCAUAAUUCAAAGUGCUACAAAAAAAACCCCAACACAAAUCUAGUGACUGCCUUGGCCAAUGUAGUUAUAAUUAUAUUUUAUAUUAAUUUGAGACAAAAUUGUAAAUUUGGAGUUAUCACAGUGAAAACCAGUUUAAUAUUUCUACGCCAUGGCCUAGGACAGUGACAGUAAACAACAUGUCUCGAUUGUGCUACUUAACAGGACUUACUUCAGAGGAAAUUGGUGACCAUGACACCUAAAAUAUUUCUGCUACAAUCAAUGGCAUAGUGCAGGGGUAGGCAACUUUUUAGCAGCACCGUGCCAAUGUAGGAUUGUGAUGUCCUAUUUUUUUUAAAUUGAGUUGUGUAUGCUGCCGUAUUCUGCUUGUGUUAUUUUUACUGUAAUUGCUUUGUAUCAUUGUAUUUGUGUGUAUAUGAGCUAUUAUAUUGUAUAUGUUCAGGAGUAGUUUGUGGUAUCGUGUGUGUGUGUGUGUGUGUGUGUGUGUGUGUGUGUGUAUGUAUAUAUAUAUAUAUAUAUAUAUAUAUGUGUGUGUGUGUGUGUGUGUGUGUGUGUGUGUGUAUAUAUAUAUAUAUAUAUAUAUAUAUAUAUAUGUGUGUGUGUGUGUGUGUGUGUGUGUGUGUGUGUGUAUAUAUAUAUAUAUAUAUAUAUGUGUGUGUAUGUAUGUAUGUGUAUAUAUAUAUAUAUAUAUAUAUAUAUAUAUAUAUAUAUAUAUAGUGUGUAUGUAUGAAGGCUGUGUAUGGGGCUGCUUGUGGAAUUGUCUGUGUGGAUGGAUAUGUCACAUUGUGUGUUUGGUAGUGUGUAUGUAUGGGGCUGCUUGGGGUAUUGCAUGUGAGAGGCUGCAUGUGGGCUUGUGUGCAUGUAUGUGGAUUGUUAGUGGUGUUGCAUUUGUGUGGAUUGUGUGUGGGCUGUUUAUAUUAUUUGUAUGAGGGGAGGGUUAUUGUGCAUUUCUGUGUAUAUCUAGCAGUGUGGGUGGCUUCCCUGGGUUCCAGUGGGACCAGGCUGGCCAGGUACAGGUCAAGGACAGGAGGUGCAACAGCAGCUGCGGGCUGCUCUACUACAGUGUGGAUUCCCAUUCACAAGUGCUGGGAGGAAGUGCUGCAUUGCAUAAAUUGACGAUUAUCCUCAACCAUCUUUUCAUAUUAGUAGAUAUCUGAAGUUUCACUGGGACUCCUGAUAGGCCAGUGCCUGUUUGGCUCUAGCAGCCUUGAGUGCAGUGCAUGGCACUAGUGCCGUAGGUUGCCUACCCCUGGCAUAGUGUAUCGAAGGAGCAAUGUGGUAGCACUGUCAGAUGAGUGUAUGUAAAACGACUCUUUUGACACUGCAAUGUUUACGUUCAUAAAGCAAUAUCUGGAAGAAUUUUUUUUAUUUUUUAUUUUUUUUAAGUGCAGUGGUAAUGUUGAAUUCUGUCUUGAGAAGUUGUGUUGUUAUUCUAUGAAUACCUUUUUUAAAAAUGAUCUACGUCCAGGAAAACAUCACAUUAGCAGGAGGCAUUUUUAUACCGUUUUCUGGAAAUAUUGACGGUUUCAGUUACGUUUUUAGCAUUUUUUGGAAUCCACAACUGCAGCUGGGUGGAUGAACAUUGGAACUUAAGAUCAUGGGAUUUUGGCAAUGCUUUAAUUGAAAAAGGAGUAUGAUUAGCUUCAAAAUCAUAUUUACUGUUGAUCAGUGAACAGAAUUGGGAUUUGCAGCAAACCAGGCACACACUAACUCUUCAAAUGAUUACUACAACCCUUUUGCACUAUUCUUUUAUUUUCAUUGUUAAUGCCCUAAUGGGCACUAGUAAAUUUGUCCACCCCCCUUUUUUUUUUUUUAAAUUUAAAGACCUUUUAAAACUUACCUUGGCCAAGGUUACCUUGAGUCUUUCCACACCAUUGUUAUCCUGCAUCACUUCUUCUGUCUCUGAGGUCCUAUUCGAUGCUUCUCAUAGAGAAUCUUUUAUUGGACCAAUCUCACUGGCUUAGAGCAAGCAAAUGUGAGUAGACACUGUAGGGGGGUUGUUAGGGGAGCUGUUCAGAAGUGGGGAUGUAAAUAAAUUUAAAAAGAAAAUGUUCACAGUAUUGGAAGGGCGGGGACAUACAAGCUUCCCCUUGCAGGAGUGCUCACAACUCUGCCUGCAAGGAUAGAAGUUGAGAAUGUCUGUUGCCAUUGUGCAGUGCCUACAGGCAACAUACAGGAUUUUUGCACAGAAUUAUCAUUGGGCAGCUAGGAAAAGAGUUCUGGGCUGCCUAAGUUAUCUGUUCCAGAGCUGUAACUAGCCACUGGCACAAAAGUGCAGAUGUAUUUGCAAAAUGAAUUGCUGCAUAUACAGAUUCCUUGCUCCAUGACCACUUCUGAAAGCAGAAGUGGUCAUGGAGUUUGGAGUAAUCCUUAAGUCUAACUUUCGUCCUGUUUCACGAUGUGUAUAAUAUUGCUUUUUUCCUUCUAUACUUGAAAAGUCUAAAGUGUUGAUCACUUAGUUACUUACGAUAGUCUUAUUGCUAUUUCAUCAAACAUCUGAUCUAACGCUCAUUAUAACAUAAAUGAUCUCUUUUGAGGUGGAUUAUUUGGUAUUGCUGUAGAUUUUUAUUUUCUUUACUGGCACAUUAUCAAACUUACAAAAGUCCUAACUGCCGGAAAUUUUGACAAGUUACAGUUGCGUAACUAGUGUUAUUAGUGUGUGAUGCAUAGUAUGCUUUCACUGAAACCUAGUGAGUUAGUCCUUGUGACUUAGUAGUUAAAAGUUCAAUAACCAUUGUAGGCAACCAGACCACUUCAUCUCAGUGAGGUGGUUUGGGUUCAUGUCCUACUAGUAUUAACCCAGCAACAUGAAACAUUGCCAUUCUGCUGGACUAGUGACUGAGCUUACUUGGAGCUUUCUUGAAGGCAAAUCGUACAAAAACUGCAAUUUUACUCACCGUAAAUUUUAUUUUUCCUUACUAUGGUGGCAGUACAAUAGGGAUGUACUCUUCCCAUGGGACAAGCAUCUGAAAUUAAAAAGGAACAUAAACGUUCCUACACCAACCUGCCAUGGACCCUCAGUACGUCCCAAUAAAACAUCAGAGACCUACUACUGCAAAAAUAGAAAAUGUAUUAAUAAAGGGAAGGAGUGAUGUACUGCCACCAUUUUAAGGAAAAAUGAAUUUACGGUGAGUAAAAUUGCAGUUUUUCCUGACACAUGGUGGUAUAAUAGGGAUAUAUUGAGAUCCCAGAGCUAUUGGCAGGAAUUAAGCAACCAUUGCUUGUACCACCUUAUGCUCGAAAGCCGAGUCAGAGGCAGAGAAUACAUCUAGUCUGUAAUGCUUGACAAAGGUAUUGAAUGAAGACCAUGUAGCGGCUCUGCAGACAUCUUCAAGUAGAGCAUGUAUCUUUCGGCCCAGGAAGCAGCCAUUGCUCUAGUAGAAUGAGCUUUCAAAGAGGCAGGUAGAGCCAUCUCGCUAAAGUAGAUUUGGAGGUAACAUGACCUGACAAUGUUUUUUGAAAAAUUGACAAAAAAGAUGGUCAGUCUUCCUGUAUGUAGAGGAGCAGUCUAAGUAGAUCUUCAGAGAUCUUCCAACAUCCAACUUGUGCCAAUUAUCUAAACCUGAGACCGAUGGAUAACCAAAGGAAUGCAGGGAAAUAGGUUGGUUGAUAGCCUUGGAAGAGAUGACUUUAAAUUCUUUAUUUUUUGCUGUGCACAAGAUAAUACAGAGGUUCACGAUGCCACAACAGCAUAAGCAAACAGUGAUAACAAUGUAGAGCAUUUAUAUGGCAUGAGAAAGUGGCACAGUUUUUAAGUAUAUCAAUACACAGGCUAGUCGUGCUUGUUUAAGUAGGAGUCACAGGAGUAAAGAUAGACGCAGAUAUAGAACAAGUAACGAUAAAGAUCUCGCUUAGUAUAUGUUUGCACGGUACCAAGAUUAACAAGCAAGGUUAAGAUUAUUAAGGCAUAUACAUAGUUUGUUCAAUCCGUUUAGUUGUAUUAACUAAGUUAGUGAGCUCAUUAUAAACAGUGACUAACAUACAAGCCUUUGCAGGCUAGUCUCGCUUAUCUGUCAGGGUACUAAUACUGAGUCUGCACUUGACAGCAGGCAUCAGAAAAGGAAAUGAAAGAAAAAAAAAAGAAAAAGAAAGUGAAGUCAUAGAUUGCAGUAGGUUAGGUGAGAAAGACAAAUAUGCAAGGCAGUAUGGCAUGGCUAGUGUUUGCAUAAAAAAGGACUGAGGAAAUCAUGCCACAGUGAUUAAAGAACCCUGGGACCCCAGACAGAGUCUCUCUUCUCUGUGGAAAGGUGAACAGGAGCCUGAUUGUUGCUGUUCAGGAGUCAGGAUGUAGGCAGCCCCAGUCUUCAUGCAGAGAGCUGGCAGGUUACAAUUCUUUGUUUCUCGGCUCCAUCUGUGAAUAAUUCCCUGAUGCUGUGGUGUGGCUUGUCAGGUAUUAUCAGCCGUUUGGGAGCUGGGUAUGUGCAGGGUCUUCGUAGUGAUCCACGGCUAUCGUGCGUGUAGUUUGGCAUCGUGGGAUCACACCAGCUUGCAGCCUGAUUACUGUUGGAGCCGCUUUGCCAGUUAGAUGGUUUCAGCACUAGGUCCUCAGUGUCGAUUGGUAGCACCCCAGGCCGGGUCUCAGGAUAGGUAAGUUGCUCAUACGAUGUCUCCCUGAGUUGCCCGUAGUGAGUGCCAAGAGCCCUGAGGGGGGGGCCGCUCCACAGCGUGCCGGUCAGGCUCAGCCGCCAUCUUAGGUGAUAAGUGAGGUCUCCGAUCAGGGUAGGGCCCCAGGGUAGGCCGGGAUGACCCCCACCGGCCCAGAGGGGGGGAAGCAGGGCCAUCACCCCAUUGCGUUAGAGGACCCCCAUGCUGCAACCAGGCAGGAUAGCAGGGCGGCGGCCGUCCACCCUACUCACCACCUGGGUAGGCCUGACUAGGCUUCGGUCACGGAGCUCUGUUUUCUCCCCAAAAGGGGCCAAGAAUCAGGUCACUAACUGAUCUCCAGUGCUAGCACCUCAUAGUGCAGUUGCCUGCCGUGUUUCAGCACCAGAAAUUGCGUUUUGGGACCAAAUUGCCAGGUAACAGCAGGAGCUAGAGUACCAUGCGUCUACUCUGCUUGGCGGUCUGGCCCCGCCCCCGGAAGAGAUGACUUUAGAUAGAAACGAAGGUUUCGGACACGGAACAACUUUUUCUGAAAUAACUUUUGUAAAUUCAGCAGAUUACGAAAAAGCCUGAAUUUCACCUAUCCUCUUAGCAGACGUUAUGGCCACCAAAAAAAAGCUGUUUUUAGAGACAAGGUUUAAAGAUGUGUCCUCCAAAGGUUUGAAAGGAUGGGUACAAAGAGUCUUCAAAACCAAAGACAGAUCCCAACAGGGAAAAAAAACUCUCUUCUUGGGGGCUUAAUCAGCCUGACAGCCUUAAAUCUCCUAAUCAGAGGAUUCAAAGCUUAAAAAAUGGCUGAGAGCAGAAACUUUAAAGGACCACUAUAGUGCCAGGAAAACAUACUCGUUUUCCUGGCACUAUAGUGCCCUGAGGGUGGCCCCACCCUCAGGGACCCCCUCCCGCCCGGCUCUGGAAGAGGGAAAGGGGUUUAAACUUACCUUUUUCCAGCGCUGGGUGGGGAGCUCUCCUCCUCCGAUCCUCCUCCGUUCCUCCUCCUGGGCUGAAUGCGCACGCGGUCACAUGUGAAAAUCACAGUGAGAAGCACGCAAGCGCCUCUAGUGGCUGUCAAUGAGACAGCCACUAGAGGAUUAGGUGGAAGGCUUAACCCAUUCAUUCUCUGAAACUGCUAUGUUUAUGAAAAAAUGGGUUAAACCUAGCUGGACCUGGCACCCAGACCACUUCAUUAAGCUGAAGUGGUCUGGGUGCCUAGAGUGGUCCUUUAAUUUUGAGGGUAGAUAAACGAAGACUGCAAUUUUACUCACCGUAAAUUCCUUUAAGGCUGACCUGUAGAAAAUGCAAGAUAGUAUCAGAAGAAGGAGAAUGUCGCAGGCAAUGAUGAGAUAUGCAACAAUGAAGGAAUUUCGUCCAAGGAAUUUCGUCAAAAUUUUCAAAUAGAUAGCAGAGGUAGAUCUUCUGGUGGAAUUCAGCAGAAUCUCGAAUCUCUCCUUCUUAAUGCCCCUGCUAUGCAAUAUUAGCCGUGCAGCAGCCAAGCUGUUGUCCUGAACAUUUUCAAUACCUUUAGUGGAAUAUCUUCGUUCUCCAGGAUCUCCUUUGAAACCGGAAGUUUCAAGUACCUCAAAACUAUCGUCAUUAAAACUGAGAACCAUUUCCAAUUUGGCCAGUAUGGGAUUAUGGCCAAUACCUUUGCAUGUUCUGAUUUCACCUCUUUCAAGAUCCUUGGAAUUGGCCUCACGGGGGAAAUAUGUAUGACAGGCUGAAGUCCCAUUUGAUUAAUAGCCCAUCCAGGACCAGAGGCAUGUCUGCCUUGAAGAGUGAGGCAAAUGUUUUCACCUUUGCAUUUGACCUUCUUGCCAUUAGAUCGAUGAUAGGCAGUCCAAAUAUCUUCACCAGCUGAGAAAAAAUUAUCGGAGUUAGAGACCACUCGUUCUGGGACCAUCUCGAUCUGCUUAAAGGACCACUAUAGUGCCAGGAAAACAUACUCGUUUUCCUGGCACUAUAGUGCCCUGAGGGUGCCCCCACCCUCAGGGACCCCCUCCCGCCCGGCUCUGGAAGGGGAAAGGGGUAAAAACUUACCUUUUUCCAGCGCUGGGCGGAGAGCUCUCCUCCUUCUCUCCUCCUCCAUUCCUCCUCCUGGGCUGAAUGCGCACGCGCGGCAAGAGCUGCGCGCGCAUUCAGCCCGUCGCAUAGGAAAGCAUUUACAAUGCUUUCCUAUGGACGCUUGCGUGCUCUCACUGUAAUUUUCACAGUGAGAAGCACGCAAGCGCCUCUAGUGGCUGUCAAUGAGACAACCACUAGAGGAUUAGGGGGAAGGCUUAACCCAUUCAUAAUUAUAGCAGUUUCUCUGAAACUGCUAUAAUUAUGAAAAAAUGGGUUAACCCUAGAAGGACCUGGCACCCAGACAACUUCAUUAAGCUGAAGUGGUCUGGGUGCCUAGAGUGGUCCUUUAAGUCGUCUGCAAUAACGUUGUCUGUUCCUCUUAUAUGAGUAGUGGAAAUGUCUUCUAGAUGACUUUGAGCCCAGGACAUAAUUUGCGUGCAAAGGGAGUGCAAUUUUCUUAUCCUUGUGCCCCCUUGUUUGUUCAGGUAAGACACCAUAGUCUGGUUGUCUGACUCAGUUUUCACUGCUUUCCCCAUUAUGAGAUCUCUGAACUGACGAAGAGCAUAUAAGACGGUUAUCAACUCCUUGUAACUUGAGGAUUCCCUUUUUUCUUCUUCUGACCAUGUAACUUGUCUCAAGUGAUACUGUAGGUGUGCACCCCAACCUGUAUUCAAAGCAUCUGUGGUGAUUAUGACCCAUCGUUUUGGCUGAAAUGAUGAACCUUCUGACAUGAAACUUUUUAUUUUAUUUUUUUGCCACCAGUCUAGUUUUCUUCUUACAGGAUCUGAAAUGUUAAAUACAAGUCUUUUUUUCUUUCUUUGACCACUUUAGAAGAAUUUCCCACUGCAAAGGCCUUGAUUCUGCUCUGGCCCAUUUUACUGCUGGAAUAGUGGAAGUGAGGUGUCCCAACACCUGCAUAGCUUUCCUCAGUGAGCAUUUUGGCUCUCUCUGAAGUUCUUUUGUCCGCUUCUUUAUUUUUCUUCUUUUUUCUGCUGGUAGGUGAAUAGCAAGAGUGUCUGACUUGAUCAAAAACCCUAGAAACUGAAUUGACCUUGUGGGAUGCAGAUGAGAUUUUCUUAGGUUUAUCACCCAACCAUGUUUUUCCAGGAUGGGUGUGGGGGCCAGGGGUGAGGACAAUAGGUUCCCCCCCUCCCCCCAACUUCAUUUUCAUUUAGGGCCCCCACCCACCGCUCAGGUGUGGGGGCCAGGGGGCAAGACGGGGGCUCACGGGUGAAGGCUGGGGGUGGGGAGGACAAUAGGUGUCUCUCCCCCUCCCCCCCACUUUCAUUUAGGGCCCUCACUCGACGCGGCAUAACGAGUAGGUGCAGGGUUUACUAAUACUAAGUCAUCUUUACUUAGUAUUAGUAAAUUUGUCUGAAAAAAACAAUUUCGGUCUUACAACCUUUUGCUAGAUAGCUCCCUGAUACCGUGAGAAUUAGGGAGCUAUCUACUAAGCGGCUGUAAGAUGCAGCUGCAGCACGAAUAGGAUUGGAAUUUCAUUCAUUAGAAUGAAAUUCCGAUCCGAACAAAGUCCCGAGUUGCGUCCUAACAUGAAUGAACAAACUGUUCUCAUUCUGUUAGGACGAAACUCUGUAGUUUUACCAGCGUUCUAAGUGACAGGACGUUCGGGAAUAUUGACAGGAAGCAUUGCGAGAUCACGGAUCAAAGGUGAGAAUUGUGGGAAAAUGCCUCUGACUGCAGGAAACUGAGCACACUUUGCUCCUCCGCUGGUCAGAGAUGGUCAGGCGUAGGAAACCUCCAUAAGACAAAGUAGUCUUUGUCUUAUGUUUUAAAGAGAACGAGAACAGAUCCUGAGAGAAGAGGAAUCGAUUGGGGAAAAGCAAGUUCACCAUGACAGUGCAGCUUUAAAAGAAUAGUGGGACUCAAUUUAUAGGAUAUCUCUAUAUCUCCAUAUCAGGUUGGCUAUGUGUAAAUCACAUUGAUUUUUAACAAAUGGUAGCCAAUUUGUAGUACAGCUAUGGUUGAAAUAUCUGUAUUUCUGAGUAGCAAAACUUCCCAGACUUGGUUGUUUUAACUAACACAGUUUGGCAUUUAGUAAACUGACCUCUGUGCUUGCAUGAAGUUGAAUCAUAUCAAGCAAUAGUGACUGUCUAUUUGAUUUAAAUGACAGUGGAACGUUUUAGCUAAUUACUUUCAAUCUUCUAUUGGCCUUCAUUUUUUUUUUUUAAGAGAAUCGUUUAAAAGGUCUGCCAGUUGAACUUUGUUUGCUCUGGGAUCUGUAAUUCCCACUUCGAAAAAACUAAGUGCUUGUUUAUCUUGUGGCACAUAGGCUUUGUUUGUUAUAAGCAAAUAGCGAAGAGUUGAUAAUGCAGAGUUCUUGGUAAAUUUAUUCAGCCAAACGUUCUUUGAAAGAAUCCCUGGGAAUUAAACUUUGUACAAAUUGCCCUCUGUUUUUCUGUGAUCUAUGUUGGAUGGUGUAAUCUAUGAAAUAAAAAACCAGAUUUACAAAAUGUAAGCCUAAAUAGGUGAGCUUAGAAACAAGCUUUAUCCUGGUGAUAUUUAUCAACUUUGUUGAUAGUUUGUUUGAGCCUAAAUUUAGCAAAUUAGUUUUUCACCACUAUUGCCUGUUUAGUGAAUGUACACUAGUGGUCUCGAAUAUUUUGAGGUGCUUGGCAGGUUUCAUCUAUAUACUACUGGAAUUAUUCCCAGGGUUUUGUCAUAAUAAAUACCUGAGACUCUGUCCACUAUAUUUUCAUGUAGUAAUUCACAAACUGAGGAUACCGCACUUUCUUAAGAAUCCAGGUGCUUAUUAGGGCCAGGGUUGGCAAAACCUAGUUUAGUAGAUAAAAUAAAUUCAGACCGGGCACGCAGGUUUAUGGAAACAAAAAUUGCAAUGUUUUGACCUACACAGAGGCCUUUAUCAAACACUAUAUUUUCUGGACAUCAAUUCAAGCUAAAGAUAACACAUGAAAACCUUUGCCUUGCACUAUAGAAUGUUCAAAUGUCGCAGGAAUUAAAACUGUUCUUGAAUUAGUGACAGGUGCUCAGGGUAAAGUGGUGGGUCUGGUAGCUCUGUUCCCUGCGAAGCAUGUGAUAGAUUUGGAUACCAUGUACCAGUGCUGAAUUAAAUUAUCACUAUUUAAUUAAAUGAGUGAAACUCAAAAAAUCUUUCAAAUAUGAACUUUACCUGCCUGUUUUGUCAGUAAGCUAGUGAAUGUGAAAUUCAGGGAGAUGCUUGAAUUCAGAGCUGCAUUGUAAUAGACCAGCAGGAUUGUUCACCAAAGUGAGAAUUUUCAGGGAUUCAAAGUGAAUUUCAAAUUUUGACUAAAUUAACUGAACGAGGAAAAUUCUCUAGGAAUAUUAGUUGGCUAUGUUUCCAGUUCAUCUACUUUGGCAUUUAAAGGGACAUUAUAGUCACCAGAACAACUACAGCCGUAUGUAGUUCUGAGUAUAGUCCGUCCCUGCAGACUUUUUGCAGAGAAAAGGCAGUGUUUACAUUUCUCCUUAGGGGCACCUCCAGUGGUAGUCUCUCAGGCGGCCACUAGAGGUGAUUCCUGCUGAACUUCUCCCACAGAGAUGCAUUGAUUCAACGCAUUUCUAUGAGGAUAUGCUGAUUUACUAGCUGGGCAUUUGGCUCUGCCCCCAGCCACACCUUCUUGGCAGAGAUUUUUGGAAUUGACUAUCUCCGUCAUACCAAUGCUUUCCAUUGCUUUGUCUGACAUCUGUUUUGAUCACAGCCAUGCAGGCGGGUUGGGGCGCAGCCAGCGCCAGCAGAUGGUAAUUAUUAUUAUUAUUAUUUAUUUUUUUUUUAGGCGGGCAACAGGGGGCUCAUGUGGUUUUCUAAACCUAUAGGGUCAGGAAUACAUGUUUGUGUUUCUGACCCUAAAGUGUUCUUUGAAGUCUCUAAAGUGAGAAUUGUAGGGAAUUCAAGUGAAUAUGAAUGUGUGUAUUUUCAAACAAAACUAGCCAUAACAAAACUAGAAUACAUAUGUUGGUUGUUGACCAUAAAGUGCAUAUAUAUAUAUAUAUAUAUAUAUAUAUAUAUAUAUAUAUAUAUAUAUAUAUAUAUAUAUAUAUAUAUAUAUAUAUAUAUAUAUAUAUAUAUUAGUUUGCCUACGAUGGUUCUAAACAUUUGCAAUACAAAUUCUGUUUACGGUGCAGGGUAAGGCACCAUUGCACCCAGACCACUUCAGAAAGCAAAAUGCAACAUAUGAAAAUAUUAAUUUACUAUAAUAAUAAUUUGUGUACCUAAAAUGAUGACCUAAGAAAAGUUACUUGUGCAAUAUCCCAAAUCCCUAUGCAUAUUUAAAUAACUGGAGGUUUUUUAGUAUAAUUCCAAUGAUCAUUAAAGUGCAAGCUCUCCUGCCACGUCAAGUCAAAUCUCUUAGGUGAGACCUACACUAACAAUUCACCAUGCUUCUUUCAGCUUCAGAUAAAAAUCUCUGAUACAGAGAGGGGAAUUUUCCUUAACCCCCUAUGCACUUAUUAGCCCUGAAUAGGUAACAAAUGGGUGCAGUUUAAUAGAGAACACAUGGUGACCUAGUAGCUUGUCAUUUCCUCUAUGAUGUUCACUGGUAUGGUUGAGCUAUACAGGGAUAUUAACUUUUCCUUUUUCUUUCACCCCCGCAUCUUGCAGGUCAGGAUGGCUUUCAAGUUGGCUUCCAACUUGGUGCCCCACAUCCAUGUGUCAACUUGAAGAAGCUGAAGAGAAAAUACUAAAGCGUAAGUUGCAUUUUUGCAGGUAGGGUUGAAUGGAGGAGCCAAUUAGAUGAACGUGCAAAUACUACCAAGGUUUGUUUAGAAUAGUCCUUUGCUCUAGCUGCCAGCAGAAAGCCAAGGAGGUGUUUAAAGGAACAAACAAGCACCAUAAUGGAUACAGCCUGCUCUCCCUUUAUUAGUAGUCAGGCUUUUUAAGAAUGUUAACCAACUUACCUAAGGUUUACUGGUGCCUGUCACCACCUCCCCAGGAGCUAAAAGCUUCUGCAGGGAGUUUUCACUUAGCUCAGUGGCUCUGGUGGCAGGUGAGGCAGUAACAGGCACCCAGCAGACAACAGGUAAGUUGUCAAAUUGUUCUUUAAAUGGUUUGGCAACUUAGGCGUGGUGCCAUGGCACUUCUAGUAGUGUAACCAUUACAGCAGGCUGUAGUGAUUAUGGUGUGCUUGGAAUGCUUUUAAGUGUCAGUGAAGCAUAUCUAUAGAAUGCCUCACCUCGCUUUAAUUUAAAACACUUAACCCUGUCUGUUUACGCAUGCUGUUAUCUUCCAGAAGAUGGUUUGAUUAAUUGUGAAUAAUGUACUGAUGUUUCAUGUAUGUACCAAUAUAACUUCACAUAUAAAGUCUGGCUGUACACGCAAUACAGGGAAUUUUUUUCCUUUAUAAAAAAAUUAGGACAUGCUUUUUCCUCUUAGUUGCACUUUGUUUCCUGGAGGUCCUUGGGAAAUCAUGGGACAAUGCUGUAAUGCUGCCCAUAGCCUCUUGCACAUUACAUGAAGGUGUAUCCAGUCCUGCUAUAUGGCUGAAUAGAGAAACUAUUUCCCUGAUCAUAAAGUCUAACUAAUUCAGUUUUUGACUUUCUGGUCCCAACAAAAGUUAGUCAGUUAAUCAGAAGAAUGAAUGUCUAGCAAAACAAUUGUAGGGAGUAUAUGUAUGUGUUUCUAUAUAUCUUGUUAAUGUUUAUAUGCUGUAUAUCUUAUUUAGUGUAAAUUUUAAUCUCUGGCAACGUUUUCUGCUCUAUUUUUGAAUUCUAUCUAAAGUAAUGUAAUAUAAACAGUGGAUCAAGCGCUAGAUCAGUUCUGUAGAUUUGUAGCAGUAACGAUCCUGCCAAGGGUGUCUCUUCCUGACUAAAGAAUUGAUAAUCGUUCACCGUAGGUUUGUGGUUGUGCUUCCAGUAGAUGUUUGACAGACAAAAAGGAACAAACUAAAAUUCAAUGGUUGAGUGUCUCUCUGCAUAGGGGCCCGAAAAUACAGGGAGCUACUUACAUUCAAUAGAGCUUUACACCAGCUCAGAGAUUCUGUGAAUGGGCGGAUUCCAUGUGCAAAUAUUAUUGUAUGGUGUUUUUGUUUGUUUUUCUGCAAAGAUUAUUUCACCUCUAUUACCCAAGAAUAUAAUAAGUGGUAAAGAGGACUGUGAUAGGCAAGGAUACCAAUUUAUUUAUAUUGGCCAAUGGAAGGGAAUAGUUUUAUACUGUAUGUUUGUCUAGGCAACACCUUUCCACAUGUGUUAGUCAGAGCAAUAGGGGAUGGUUUAUACAUUUUUGAAAUUAGGAUGAUCCACUCAUUGGAUGUGAUCUUCUUUUUGAUAUGUUUCCUUCGGAGUGGGUAGAAAAUUGUGAUUAAUUUGUUGUGCAGGGUGUGACGGACCGCCUGGCACCCCGACUAGGUACCUCCGCCAGUCGAUGCUUCCUAGCUGUCACUGAGUACUAUAAGCACCUUAGCCGCCGCAGCUUGGCUGGGGUCUUGCCAUCCCUUCCCACCCUGGACCAAACUCCUGGAUCCAGCUCCUAGUGAGAAGGCUUCUCCUCCAAGAGAGUAUAGCAGUGUAGCUCUUAUAAGAGCUAGUGAUUUAUAGCAAUCCAAAGAACAAUCCCAGGAGCAGGGAUUAUAGCAGGUAUAGCGGUUCCUUCAAUCACGAGACGAGGCUCUGUGUUGAGGGUAAGCUGGAACUAGUUUAUUGGUAGCCACAACUGGCCUUAUAUGCAAGUCCCCAUGCAAGGGGCACUCCCCGCUGGACCUGAGCGUAAACCAAAGCAGAAAAAAAUACUUACACUGGGUCUCAGAUCCAGGACACUCCCGCACAUAACUAGUUUAAUCCCUCCUCUGUACCUGGGAGAUAAUUGAGUCAAGUACUGUAUUAACUCUGUUAUCUCCAGACACAAAAAUACACGUUUUUAUAAACCCCCAAAAUACCUUCAAAACAUACAAAACCCCCACAAAAGUUAUAUCCAUGAAUAGCCCCGAUCUGGGUGAACAACAUAUUCAAAACUCACCCAGAUUGGUUAAGGGGUUCAGGAAUUUCCUGAUUCUUAUUUUUGACAGACCGCACGCAUGGUCCUAUCCCCAAAACGGUUCCAUAGAAUCGCAGCCAAGUGUUGCUGGAGACCGACCGGGAACUGCAAAGUUUUCAUGCCAAAAAUAAUUCCAGCGUAUUCGCUGUUAAGUCCCCCUGAAGUCUAUUUGCGGUUUUGGUCAAUGCGAACGGCCGCCAGGGAGCUAGCAUUCGGUUCUAUGGAAAGUGCUGAACCAGGGGAAUAAAAUAUGGGUCUUUACGGUUGCUGACAUGGCCCAUAGUCUUUUGGCAGGAGGCUAGCAAGCAGGCCCCUCCAAAAGCCUGUGGCGAGGCUCUGUUUGUCACAGAGGGGAUUUGUUUUUCCAUUACUAAAUAAAUGUAUUUUGCCAAUUUGUUUCAUUCAUCAGGCUUUAUGGCAUUAUAUUUUUUUCCUUGUGCUAGUCACAAGACACGACCUAGAAAAAAUAAAACUGCUUUGGCAUGGGGUUGGGGCAGAUGGUCAUGCCAACUUUCAUAUCGGGAGAGAGGUUCAGAGCUUCAUCGGGAUUAGUCCUGAUCCUUAAAGUAACACUGUAAGGUCAGGAACACAAACGUGUGUGUGUACCUGACCUUAUCGUGUGAAAACUAUAAUUUAGGUGGCUUGCCCCGCCCCAUUUUCUCCCUUAGUAAGGAUUAAAGCUUACCUUUCUGCCGGCACUGACCUUUCCCCAUAUCCGCCUCUUUGACUGUCAUCAGAAUUGAUGAUGAUAGCCAACCCAAUGCUUUCGCAUAGGGAAAGCAUUGGAUUGGCUUAGAUUGUCAAGGAGGAAGGCGGGGCCAAACCCCAGCGUGGCCAGCCAGCAUCUCUAUAAGGAAAGUUCAGCAUCUUCAUGCAGAAUGUGGAGACGCAGAACGGCAGUUCAGCACUGACCCAGAAAACUCCUUCAGUGGCCAUCUGAGUAGCCACUAGAGGUCUCUUGGCUUUUAAUGGUUUUUUUUUUUUUUAUGAAAAGACAGUGUUGAAAAAGCCUGCUGGAACUGACUAUACUCACCAGAACAACAACAUUAAGCUGUAGUUGUUCUGGUGACUAUAACAUGGCUCGCCAAAUCAACAAUGGCAUAGGUCAGCCUGAUCCCUACCGCAGGGGACUUGCAAGCUUGAAGGACAGCAUAUAAAGACUGCCAGCUUGCUGUCUGCCCACUCCCAUUCCACAGAGCCGGCCCUACAACCCGCCCAUUUAAGCAGAGCUGGCUGCCCGCCCUUUCCCCUAUGCGCCAGGAAGAAGUAAUUACAGUUCCCUUCACGUCCUCCUGGCACAUAGAUCUGCAUGGGGCUGAGGAGACAGGAGGAGGGGGAGUCUGAACAGCGGGAGCUGAUCCCAUCAGCCGCAGCCAGCCCCCACUAACCUAUUGCCACUUACUCCUACCCAGUCCCACUGGACCCCAGGGAAGCCAACCCCCGUGAGCCCAAAAGGUAGGAAACAGGAGGGUGGCUUAAAAUUUUUUCUUUGUGUGUAUAUAUCUGUUAUGCCGGUUUGUCUGUGCGUAUCAAAUACUUUGUGUCUGUCUGUGUGUUUCUGUCUGGGGGUGUGUGUGUUUUAGGUCACCAGCCUCCUCUGAUCGCAUGGGAAUGGUGUUCUUACUCACAUUUUUUUCAAACGCUAUGCUGGUCUCGCUGCAGCUGGCAAGCCUCUAUAGCUAAGAUUAUCAAUUACCAAUUAGCGACUCCAUGCAGAGCGUGAAGACGCUGAAUGUAGGUAGGAGACACUUUAGUGGCCGUUUGAAUGACGGCCACUAGAGGUGUUACUAGGCAGCAAUCUAAACUCUGCCUUUUCUCUGACCACAACAUUAAGCUGUAGUAGUUCUGGGGAGUAUAGUGUCCCUUUAAGAAUUUUAUUUUUUGUCUGGCUCUAAAGCUAAUUUUGUCAAGGCCUGGACUAUAAUGUUCCUUUAACAUUGUAUCCAUUACCAGGAUUACUAUUGUACUCUAGCUAAAUAUAUCAAUUGCAUAUUUCGUUUUAUUUAAUGGGUUUAAUUGAUAACCCCAAAAUAUUUAACUUUUUUGACUUUGUGUUUGAUUUCCCUCUCCCCCCCUCCCCCCCACUCUGUACAGGUAUUAAAAGUCCCUGCACUAAAGAACACAUGGUUAUAUCUGAUGGAAAUAAGAUAUGGACCUUAUCGUUUACUGAAACAUUAUCAGAUAAAACUCCGCUUGUUUUGCUGCAUGGGUUUGGUGGUGGGGUUGGACUGUGGGCUCUCAAUUUUGAGGCACUUUGCAAGGACAGACCUGUAUACGCAUUUGACAUUUUGGGAUUUGGCCGUAGUAGUAGACCUCUUUUUGAUGGAGAUGCGAGAAAAGCAGAAGAACAAUUUGUCCAGUCUAUAGAAGAAUGGAGGAAUGCUUUAGAUUUGGAACAUAUGAUUUUACUUGGACAUAAUCUGGGUGCAUUUUUGGCAUCUGCCUACUCCUUGAAGUACCCUUCUCGGUAAGUAAUGCUAUCUGCUCUCUUGUUUAUAAGCAAUUAUUGUUCUACAAUUAUUUGCAUUUUACAUUGUGCCUACUUAUUCCACAGUGCUUUGCAAUUAUAACAUGGGGAUAUAACCACAAAUGAGACCAAACUAUUAUUGUGACUGUGUGUGUCUCUGCGUGGAGUCUGUCGGUGUGUGUGCGCCUGCGAGGAUCAGUGUGUCUCUGCAUGGACUAGUCAGUCAGUGAAUGUAGCGUCUCCUAAAGUAGAAGCCAGAUUAGGAAGCUUGGCUGACUUAGGACCACCCUCGUUGGCUGAGAUCGCUCAGCUGACACCCUCAGACGAUAAGCAUGGUCCUACAUGGCUCUGCUUAGUUCUGUAGAGCUAGCUGGAUUAUCUUAUUGGAGGACACCACAUGCAUGAUGUACAGCUAUUUAGAAUUGUUUAACUUCAUGACAUAAUCCUAGGUCUUUCAUGACACCACUAAAGUAUUACCGUAUUUUUCGCUCCGUAAGAUGCACCUUGUUUUUAGAGGAGGAAAACAGAAAAAAAUAUCCUGAAUCAAAUGGUGUAUUAAACUCCUUCUCAUGUGGAAGGGACCCUGAGCGUUAAAAAUGCCACCGGAAAUCUUUCGUCCACUGAGAUUUGUGCUCUGUGGAGUGUAAUAUAAUGAAGCUGUCCGCUAAAUGCAGGAGCUCUGCUCCGUGUAACUUUAUAUGCUUGGUUCUAAACCUUUUAUCACAGGGAUCCAAUAUAUGCAAAUAUAAGGCAUUAGGUCAUUCACUCAGUCUUCAAUUUUGACACAAAACAUUCCAAAUAAGAAACACACACACAAACACCUUACUGUUAAUCAGACUGUUCUCUACGUGAAAUGGUUUGAGCUCCACUGGGAGAACAAGCGAUAAUCAUAUAAUGAGUGCAGGUGUCCGAUUAAAAAACCAUGGGGUCCCAACCUAGGACCCAAGCCCUGCAUAGCCCUCUUCCCUGGCUGCGGGAGACUAGGGACCCUGUUGUGCUUGGCCAGUGUUUGGGAAAUAUCAAACAGCAUGCAGGAAGCAACACUGACCUGUACCAGUCCAGUUCUUUGUCAUAGUUCCUAUCGAAGUGGUGGGGUUCAGCUUCCACUUCCCUGAUGUCGGGUUGCACUCUCAGGAGCUCCUGACAGAUCCGACACAGGAACCCCAGCAGCCUCCUCUCUGCUGCCUUCCCUCCUCCAUGCCGCACGAUCUCAGUAUGCUUCCCGACUGGGAUCUGCUUUUCGCUCCUGCACUUGGGCUUACAGAUUCGGCUCCAGGGAACACACAUUCACUCCAUAAGAUGCACAGACCUUUCCCCUUACUUUUGAGGAGGAAAAAAGUGUCUUAUGGAGCGAAAAAUACGAUAUAUUGCAAAAAAUAUAAUGCAAAAUAAUGUGUAAGCACCUUUCUUGCACCUUACAUUCAUAAUGAAGUGAGGAAUAGCAGAAAACACAAUAGAAGAAUUAAGUUCUGAAAUGGUCACUCCACCUUUAAGAUACAUACUUGAGAUGUAUUGUCAUAUCCCUCUAGAACGUAAGCUCAAUUGAGCAGGGCCCUCAACACCCUCUGUUCCUUUGCAUCCAGCUAGUUGUGUUACAAAUACUUGUUAGUCCACCUGUUGUGCAGCGCAUUGGAAUUUGUUGGCACUUUAUAAAUAUUAUUAUACAGAUACAGAUACAAAUAGAGCAGUGUAGGAAUACAAUUUUCAUUUAGUCUUGUAUCUGCCUCUGGGAUCUUUUGCAGUGGGCAGUGAAAGACCUGGAGAACUUAAGAUCACAAUAUGUCACGAUAUUGGACUAUACAGUAAUGAAGAUUAAGUACCUAGACCAGGGGUAGGCAACCUACGACACUCGAGGUCUCUUUGCACGGCACUCAAGGCUGCUAGAGCCAAACAGGCUCUGGCCUAUCAGGAGUCCCAGUAAACCUUCAAAUAUAUGCUAAUACAAAAAGAUGGUGAAGGACAAUCCUCAAUUUAAGCAUUGCAGCACAUAGAGGAAAUGAUCUCAGAUCACUUCCUCCAAGCACUUGUGAAUGGGAAUCCACAACGUAGUAGAGCAGCUUGCAGCUCCUGUCUUUGAUCUGUACCAGGCCAGUCUGGUCCCCACUGGAACUCAGGGAAGCCAACCAUACUGCUAGAUAUACACAGAUAUUGUCGAUCAAACCAAGUGUUUAUCUGAGUAUCUGCUCCUUUCCAAAUUGUUAAAAUAAAUGCGUGCACGCUCUGAAGUAAAUUACACUGAGACAGGUUAAUGAAAAACUUCGGAAUGUUUACUCAGGGGGCGGCAAGCCCCUUAUAAAGGCAAAAAUACAUCAUAUGCAUAAAUGUAGAUAACAGAAUACAUCUUUAACUGGUUAGGUGUUAAAUGUCUUAUCUAAUGCACAUCCUACGAGGUGUGAAGUCACCAUCAUCCCGGGAUUUUACUCUGGAUGUAGGCACCAUACCCCAAACAGCCCACACACACUACCAAUCACACAAUGUGACAUAUCCAUCCACACACAAUUCCACAAGCAGCCCUCAUACACAGCCCGCAUUCAUAUGUAUCAUACACAAUACCAUAAACUACUAAUGAACAUAUACAAUAUAAUAGCUUAUAUACGCACAAAUACAACGAUGCAAAGCAACUGCAGUAAAAAUAACACAAGCAGAUAUGGCAGCAUACACACCUCAAUUUAAAAAAAAAAAUAGGACAUCACAAUCCUAUAUCGGCACAGUGCUGCUAAAAGGUUGCCUACCCCUGACCUAGACCAUGACAUAACUGGCACCUGCUGUGGAGAUGUUAUUAGGGACGUUAGUUAUGUUAUCAGAAACCUGUUUAACAUGUGAUGCAUUGUCAGGUAGUGUGGCGGUCGUAGUUGUAUUUAUAAAAAAUAAAUUAAUAAAAUAUUUGUAAAAAUGUAUAGAAGAGAGUUGGGUUGUAGCUAUUAAGGUGUCUAAAUAGUUGUGUUCACUCUUUAGUGGUGGGAAGUAAAUAAUGAGCCAUACAUAUAUUUUAAACACCUACUAAUUUGUCCCACACCUCAUUACAUACCCACCACUGCUAAUUGUGCAAUUCUUGGGCUGUGUCCCUCUUAAUGUUUGAAGAUGAUUGUGGUGGGAUAGAAAGAAUGCAAAAGUAGUUUUUGCAUGAUGCUCUUGUAUACAUUCCUGUAUCAUGGAUUCCUGGAUUGUUUAUUUGUACUUAAUUUGUCUUUGCAGUACCUUUUUAAUGACUUGGUCAGUGGUCAAAAUAUAGCCUUGUAAUUUAUAUGCUGGGAAUUCAGUGCAGAGAUUAAUUUAUUAUAUUGUUUUUUCAAUAAGGGUAAAAAGUCUAAUUUUAGUGGAACCAUGGGGAUUUUCAGACCGAUCAGACAAUGUUGAUGAGGAAAGACCAAUUCCAAUCUGGAUCAGAGCAGUUGGAGCCAUGCUGAGUCCAUUUAACCCACUGGCAGGACUUCGCUUAGCAGGGCCGUUUGGUGAGUUACAAAGUUCGAGAGAGAGAGAGAGAGAGAGAGAGAGUGUGUGUGUGUGUGUGUGUGUGUGUAUUCAUGCGCUAUAUAUAUAUUAUUUAUUUAUUUUUAUUAUUUUUUUUAUGUGAUAUCUAGAUAGCAGACACUCAAAGACAAGAGUUGUGUUCCACUCUCCCCAUUAAAUGUUUAUUUCAAUGAAAAAGUAACUUCCUGCAAUUUCCAUGUUCUUUUCAAAUCCCUAGUUUCUCUAGGAACUGGUAAAUGGGUGGUAAUUAUAAGCUCCUGAGGGAACUUUCCUCAUAUCCCAUAAUUUCCUGAAUGAAACUACUCGGCAAGAUAACAUAAGCAUGGCUUAUCGAAUACUUGAGCCACACGAGCAACCCCCCCACCCCGCAGUGUUUAAGAGGUUAAAACCCUUUUAGUCAUUUCCUGAAUCCAGCACCGAUGUUAAUCUGUGCUGGGUCAGGCUCCGCCCAUGCUCCUUUUCUGCAUCGUCAACUGGCGGGAGAGACCUUAUUCACAUGCGUGGCAAUGGGUACGCUCGCGCUAGGAUUUCAACUUGAGGUGGAGUUAACACGGAAAUGUAAUUAUUGCAGUUUCCCAGACUAGGUAUUUAAAUCUUAACAUUGAUUUUUUUUAUUUACAUAGUUAAUAUAUUUACAAAUGUGCAACUAAAAAAGAAAAAUCUCUUGAGCUCUUGCUUUUUUUUUUUGUUUUAAAUGCCAUUCUUUGCAGUGUCUCUAGUGGGUCUUGCCUAGAUAAAGAAGUGCCUCAACCAGCAUUUAAAUUCUUUUAAAGGAAUACUUUAACAUUAAAAAUGCAUUUGUUUUUUGGGGUGGCGGGGCCGGACCACCAUGCUGACCGGUAGCAUGCAAGAUAGGCUCUGGAAAAAUCUGGCCUCUUAGGCUACAAAUGAAAGCAUUUAAUCCAAAACAAACCUGAGAUACUCAUGCGGCUGUGGCAGAGGUAGCAGACCCUGAGAACGAGAGUUUCGGGCCCCACUGGAGGGAGUACGAGGCUUUUGGGGCUGCGGCCUACCCAGGAGAGGUGCAGAGUGGACGGCUGCCACCAUGCCUCCCUUUCCAAUUGCCACACGCCGACCUCACGAGUCGCCUGCCGGUCCUGUUCCCCCCGGUCCCCACUGGGGAGAGCUUUCCUCCAUAUUGAGUAAGAUGAAUGGUCAGGUAGAUAUCCAACUGUUUCAGUUCACAAAAUACCUCCAAUCAACCAGAACAAAACCUUGUUCAAGGUUACAUUUUCAAGAUUUCACUUUCGUGUGUCAAAUCUUCCAACCAAGAUUGCAAGAAUCACAUAAGGGAAUAACGUAAAAUUAUUUAUCUGCCUUCAAGGUGAUCUGUUAAGUUUUAUGAAGAGACUUUGGCCUAAUUAAAUUGUUAAUCUCUUAUUGUUCCUACCAAUUAGGCCUUUAUCUUGGCACACUUAGUCAUUAUUUCACAACUUUAGUCUAUUGACCUGUAUAGUGUUAGAAACACAACCGGUUUAAUCUGCUUUGUAGGUAUUGUUUCAGGCAAAUGUACUAAUAUUUCAUACAUGGAUCUUUAUAUUGGAUACAAACCCAAACGCUCUCUUUAACAUUCUCAAUCUAAAACUCAACUGUCCUACAUUCUCAAGCAUUAUCCUUGUAUAAGAGGAAAACCGAUGGUUCAGUAUGGUGUGAGUGACCCACCUUGUCAGCAGUAAUAACCACUAUGGAAAUGUACUUCUAUAAUCAUGGAUUAAAAAUAAGAGUCGUCCAGCUACAUCUGCACUAGUAUUCUUAGGUUGUGAUCUCAAAGAAAUAACCAGUAAAAUAGUGCUUUGAAUGUGCAAAGCUAUUGCUAGCAGAUAUUGGCUUUUUAAUACUUGAUGGUCUCUGGUCAUGUAUAAAUAAUACAGAGCUUGAGAUUAUUGGUGGACCGAAAGAAAGGCUGAGGUGGUGACCACUUCGUAUCACCCGAUGCCUAGGAUAUGUGGUUCAAGAUAUUGGGCAGGCAAAUUAUUUUGAGCUACUGCAGGGGGACAUGGAGUGAGUGUUCUGCUCCUCUGGUCACAGUAUAGUACUCGCUAACAAGUCAAUCUGGGAAUCCCGGCAGCUGCACUCUGACCCUGUGAAUGCCAAGACCUUGAGGGAGUGAUUACUCUAGUGAGCACCUGCUAGAGGUGCGGUAAACCUGCUCCUCGAGAGAGAACCAAUGCUCUAAAUCUAAUUCUAUACUAGGGAACUGUAGAUUUGGAAAUGCAGGUUUGUAUUCCCAACACUAUAGUGUUUCUUCAAAACUUGUAUUGCAGUACGGCGGUAUCAUUUUAAAAAAAAAAAAAAAAAAAAAAUUUUUUUAUUUUUUUUGGUCAUUAUUGCAUACUUUAGAACAUAUGAUAAUCUAAAUGUUUUAAAGGUUUUAUAUGCACUAGCAAAUGAUGAAGCUAUUUGCUUUACAGUAAUAUUCUAUUUACAGCAGUGGUCUGGAACGUAACCCACCAUAUUAGCAAUGUUUGCCUGUACUAGACAAUGAUGGUAGUAUACAGUAAUACUGCAGCUUGUGAUGAAGUAUGAACCAGGACAUUUAUUAUUUUUUAUUUUUUUUACUAUUUAUUAGCUUUUUAAAUAUACAAAAAUGAACAGGUACAUAUUAUCAGAAAUACAAUAUUUGACAUCCAAAUCAGCCUAACCGUCUCAGUACUAUUAUAAAGUCAAACAUUGAUAUAUCUGCUUUACGAUCGAUAAUUUCAAAGACCUCAACAAACAUUGAAAACAAAAAAGAAUGAUGGUCACUAUUCAGAAAUAGAGAAUAUAAAUAAUUCCCAAUACACGCCAUAGAGAUAUACCAUAAUUUUUAAUUUGACGUUUAUAAAGCGAGCUCUUAUUGUUGAGAAAGGUGGGGGGAGGUGUCUUAAAAAGAAAAACGUAAGAGAUACAGAUAGGAAAAACACCCAGGGAAUUCUCAGAGGAAAAAUCAUUUUCCCUUCUUUUUUUUUCCUUUUACCUAGACAUAAGACCCAGAGUUGUACUUUAUGUCUCUUUGAUAUAAUUGUUCCAUAUAUUCCAUCCAUAUUUAGUUGAAAAGAGAUUUGGGUUUUUAAUAUUCCCCACAUUGGAGGCUCCCUCUGCUUCCAGAGCUUUACAAUGCUUUUUUUGGCAGCACUAGGAUAUCACUUAUAUGCAUUAUCAGCUUGGAAGGGUUAACUGUGAAUGAUCUUGAUCAGGUCAUAUACCAUAAUAGAAUAUAUCCUAGCAGUAGGUGAAUGAGUGGAGUAUGUGUUGGAGUUGCUUUAGAGACUGUGGCUGUAACCGAGAAAGCUUAGAGGGUCAGCAUGGAACAACGUUUGUUGGAGAUUUGCACAUCAUAGCAAGCAUACUACUAAAAAAAACCUAAAUUGCAAAUAAUUCUUUGAACUUAGUUGUGUCGGCAGAAAAAGUUAGAUAAAUGGUGCGUUGUGUCAACUUGUUCUCCGGCAGUAUCACGGAGAUGCAAUCUGGUUGUUAAUUGUGAGUUUGAUUUGUUGGUUAUCAGAGUAACAAUCCUUGGGCUUUGGUCCCUGUUCAGCAAUGCUUUCUUCAACAAAGAAAUGACAUGGAUCUCCCUCAGACAUUUUCUGGUUUUCUCUUAUAAUUCUGUUGUAUAAUUGCAUGUUCCAUGCUAGAUGUUUUAGAAGUGGAAGACUAUAGUGACAGGAAUACAAAUAUUUACUUCUAAUGCUAUAAUGUACCCUGGACAAAAACUAGCUAGAUAUGAGUUAGACACUCAGACCUAUACUAGCUAUACGAGGGGACUGCUAUACAUUAAAAUAAAGGGUACACACUUACCCUAAAAUAUGUAACUGGAACGAUGAGCAGACACAUAAAAGGAAACCAGAAAAACCAAUAUAGUGUAAAUCUAUUACAAAAUAGGUUUCAUAUAUAAAGCACACGUGUGUCAACUCAUAUUAAGUGCCUCUAGAGGCAGGCUCAAAUUAAAUCAACAGUAGUGUCGUAGGUGACACUGCACUCUUUCUUGUCCAAAGGUAAUAUCCUCGAGAAAUGAGAUAAAAGUGAUAGAAAACUUUCUGGUGUAGUAUGGUCUAUUCAUGUAAAUAGACUUUAAAUGCAAAUAUUUUUCUCACCCUUUUCUGAGCCACUGAAACCUGGCUCAGUAUGUUGGCUUUGUGUGCCUAUAGAUGGGGCACUUUCCCUUUAGCAGCAGUGGAUAAAGACAUGUAGGACUUGGUAAUAUUUAUUUACUUCCAAUCAAAUACAAAGAAAAAAGUAUAAAAGUUAAACAUACAGAAAUAUUAAGUGUAAUUGUACAAGUUAAGGCUUGUAGUCAGAGACACGUUUCACCUGAAAUUAUAGGCUCUCUCAAUCUGCAUAAAAUUUCCAUCUGUUCUAGCUGGUUUUAAAUACAUCUUGAAUCCUAUUCAUCUGUUUCGUCGGCGUUCCUCCAAUUGGAAGCCGGGAUGUAGACAAGUCAGUUCUUCCACCUGUUUCUUGUUUGUAUGUAGUUGGGGAAAUCGAAAGUGGCGUUCCGUCCAAGUCGCGUCACUUCAGCUUCCCUUUAAACCAUUUUGUUAGUGGGCAUUUGCCUUUUUUGCUUUGACCGGAAGUGACGCGACAGAGUAUUAUCGCGCGUCACUUCCUAUCAUACCAGCGUAUUCAUUAUAGUUGUGGGAACUGACACCAUCAGCAUUCUGGCAAUAUUGUCACCCUUUACCAUAUAGUUUAGAGAAAUAUUCUCCCAUCCUAUACUAGUUUUGUUCUCCACAAGUGAGCAUAAUAAAAUGUACAAGAGGAGAAGAAAAUGUGUGAAGGCAAAAAGACAUACAUAUACCAGUAGUAUAUAUGCGGAACAUACUAUAGAUACAAAUUGACCAUGUCUCUAACCUGCAACAGUUUUAGUACCAUAACUUAGUUCCUAGAAAAGGGGGAAGAAGGGACCAGAUUGGAAUAUAUACCGUAUAUACUCGUGUAUAAGUCGAUCUCAUGUAUAAGUCGAGUGCAGUUUUGUGACCAACAAUUGUGAAAUAUGCUAUGCCUCGUGGAUAAGUCGAGGGUAAAACUUGGGGCUAUGAAAUUCUGUGAUUUUUAUAAUUAUAUACACACACACUCAUACAAACACACACUCUGCAUUAUAUAUACACACACUCAUACAAACACACAUUCUGCAUUAUAUACACACACACACUCAUACAAACACACACUGCAUUAUAUACACUCACUCUGUGUAUAUAAUGCAGAGUGUGUAUAUAAUGAAGAGUGCGUGUUUGUGUAGUGUGUGUGAACUGGGUGGGGGGAGGGCAUUUUUAUUUGAAUUUUUUUAAUUUUAAUGUUUUUUUUUAUUUUAAUUUUUUUUUUGUCCCCCCCCCCUGCUUGUUAACCGGUCAGAGAGGGGGGCUAUCUUAAUCCCUGGUGGUCCAGUGGCAUGGGCUGUGAAGUGGGGGGCCGUCAGGAAGCAUUUACUUACCUUUCUUGCAUCUCAUGUUAGCUCCCUUCUCCUCCGUUCUGGUCAGCUCCACUGUAAGUCUCGCGAUCUGGUUGCCGCGCGGAUUGUUGCCACGGCUCUGGCGGCCACGGCUCUCUAAGUUGCCAUAAUACAGACAGUGACUUGAGUAUAAGUCGAGUGGGGGUUUUUAAGCACAAAAAAUGUGCUGAAAAACUAGACUUAUACUUGAGUAUAUACUGUAGUUGAUACUAAAAUAUAUAUAUAUAUAUAUAUAUUUUUUUUUUUAUACGUGUGUAUAUGUAUAGAUUUCAUUAUAACAAACUAUACCUGUAUAUUAGUAGAGACAUUUCAAUACAUGAACUUGAUUUUAUGUUCCCCCUUUAUGUGCAUAUUUUUGAUGAUCAAAUUUCAUCCUCCAUUUCAAGGGUAAUGAGUAAAUAUUUAAAACUAAGUAAAAUGGCAUAUUUCUAAGUCACUAUUAAGACCAAAUGAUAGUGUACCCAAAUUAAAAAUCCAUUUCAUUUUGCAUUAGCCCAUUUUUCUAAUUAGAUCUUCUCCUCUCCAAUUUGUCCUAACCAAUUGAAUACCUGUAAAAAAGUUUGGGGUCUUGAUUAUUGUUUUUCAAACCCAUUCUUUUUGUUUCUUAUAUGUUCUUGUAUCCACGUUUUGAAGAGUCCUUGAGGUCAUCCCUAUAUAUCCUACCUAAUCCACAAGUACAUACUAUAAAAUAAAUAACUUUCUUUGAGUGGCAAGUUAUCAGAUCCUUGAUAGUCUGUUUUUCUUGUUCAUGUUGUGGGUUGCUAAAGUCUUUUGUAAAUCUCUCUACUUCCUGUAUUUUUGCAGGUCUCACACAUACCACAUCCAUAAAAACUGCAUGUUUCAUUAAACAUACUCUGUUUUUUCUUUACUGAUUUAAUAUGAUUGCGCACCAAAUUAUCUCUCACAUUUGGUACCACUGUGUAGAUAAUUUUUGGUUAUUCAGGGAGAAUUGUUUAAAAUGUAAUCUUUUUUUUUUUUUUUAAAAAGGCCAAUAUUUAUUUAUAGUCUUUAUAAAACUAUGACUUUUACAGGUAAAAUCACAAAUAAAAGCUACUUGAUUAUCAUUAUUUUAUGUUUUAUACUGUUUCUCAGAAAAGACAGAGUUUACACUGCUAGAGGCUGCUGGGACUGCAGUGGUUCUGGUGCCUAGAAUGUUCCUUUAAGGGUACCAUAACGCACAACCAUGCAUCUACAUGAUAUGAUUGGUUUUUUUUGUGAUACAUUGUCCUUUCACCUAAUUUGUGAGAGAAAUAUCUCUGUACCAUCUGAUUUUUCCAAGUGUUUAGUAGGCAUGCAGUCAUGAUGUUUACAGAACACAAUAUCAGUAUGGUAUUUAUAGAGCCACACUUAUUACACAACUGAUCCACUGCAAGCCCAAUCUUCAUGAAUCAAAAUAUUACUUUGUGCAUCAGUGUUUCAGGAACACAUCAGCUCUCUUCAUAUGGAUCUUUACAAAAGCCAUCACCCAAAUUUAAAUGGCAGACAUACAUAACUGAAUAUAUGGACACUUCAAGACAAACUUAAUAACUGAUCCUCAUUACUUUUAAACUUAUUGGUUGGUUAUUAGAAUUGCACAGAUAGAGUGGAGGUGCUCUUGAAUCAAAAUAUCAUCUAACUUAACAGUUAGAGAAGAUUUUGUGUUGUGGUGGAUGAUCCUUAAAUGAUGUUGACCUGUGGCCCAGUUGCUUCUCUAGAACACUGAGUACUACUCUGCAGAAUUUAGUGUGUGCUGACAUGCAUUGCACAGAGCUAAGGUUUUCAGAGAUAUGCCAUUGUCCCCUUACCCAGAAACUGCUUGUUUCAGUCUGAAGCAAGUUGAUUUUUGUUGCUUACUGUAAUCUCCCUCCACUUUUCAGUGAGAGAAUCUCAUUAUUUGUAAUUAAUAUGCUGAGUAGCAGACUAACUUUGAGCUGUUUUUACUUGUGAUCAUGUUGGAGGACCACAAUGAGCAUGUCACGCACCACUUUCUUUCCUUUUACGUUAAAGUCUCUUUAGAUCUUAUUAAAUAUUUUCUUCAGUUUGCAGUUAAAAUGCAAAAUAGUCAGUUUCCAUAAUGUGUAUGUAUAAGUUGCUUUCAAUGUGGUGAUUUUUUUUAAAAUUUUUUUUUUUUUUUGUCCCUGUCAUGCAUACUUCUGCAGUACUGAUUAUAUAAAAGAGAACGCAAACUUUUGUUAAACUUUUUAUAUUUUGACUUGUUACACAUUAGGACUAAGCCUUGUUCAACGUCUGAGGCCUGAUUUCAAGAAAAAGUUUUCCUCGCUGUUUGAUGAUGACACUGUAACUGAAUAUAUUUACCACUGCAAUGCACAGACACCAAGGUAAGCUUGUUCAUAAUACAAAAAAUGGAAACUAAUUUGUGAUAGAGAUUAAGCUAAAUCUAUUUCUCAUUGCAGUGGUGAAACUGCUUUCAGGAAUAUGACUGUUUCACAUGGCUGGCCACAAAGACCAAUGCUGCAUCGUAUUGACAAACUGCACCCAGACAUUCCAAUCACUGUGAUCUAUGGUGCCCGAUCUUGCAUCGAUGGGAGUUCUGGCAACAAUCUCCCUUUACUGCGUCCAAAUUCCUAUGUGAACUCCAUUGUAAGUCUUUUACAUCGGUCAUGGCUGCAAGGCAGAUAUCAAUGUGCUAUUUUCAGAGUGUGCUAGGGCACAGCGCAUCAAGCAUUAUCAUGUCCUUUCAGGAGAUCACACAUCAACUGAUGAUCAGACCACUAUACAUAGCAAAAACAUUUUUAUUUCUUUAUUGCUCUGAUCAUGACUGAGGACAUCACUGGUAUUUUGCAACCCUUAUGCCUGUAUUGCCAGUUCAGAGUUCUAGUUUCCCUUACAAACUUUUAGCAGAUUAAUAUUGAAUUAAUUUAUAGAGUACAUAAAUCCAUAUUUAAUCACGUUACUAGAACCCUGCCAUUACCUGGGCUGGGCAUUUAAAGUAAAAUGCUUUAGCUGACUUUUUUUUUAGUUGGCUGCCUCUCCCAUGAUUCAUAUUCAGCAUAGGUAGCAUAUAAUAUCAAAGGAGAAAUGCAGAGUGCCAAAAGAAGGUUGAAGAUGCCACUUAUAAUGUUGUACACGAUUAUGGAAGCAUAACUUGGGAAGCUGUCCACUCCAGACCCUGGAAGUGCUGCAGAGAUAAGAGUUCAGUGACUGAUCCUUCAUUUAUCACCAGUUUGGCCAUUUUCCACACUAAUGUGCUUCCCAUAGAAACUAAUCUCACAUGGACAGCAGUGUUAAUUUUGUCAACUAACAAUUUAAUCAAAUUUUAGUCGACUAAAACAAUUAAGAUGACUAAAACUAAAUUGGCAUUUUAGUGAAAAUACUAUGAAUGAAACUAAAUAGAAAUUUGACACCAAAAUUAACACGGCACAGAGGGGCUGGGGAAGGGGCAAAAGAGACAGAGGCUUUGGGGCGGGGCCUGACCUGCAAGCAGAGCAUUCUCAUGGUGGAGGAGCUCCCACCUCACAGGCUGCUUACGGGGAAAUACUAGCUGAUCUCAUGCCUGAAUUGAUGCUGGGGGCACCCUGGUGAAGCACCUGAUACCAGACUCUAGUGUUUCCCGCAUGCGACAAUCCAGGGUGGUAGGCUGUGACCUGCGGUAGACGGAGCAGGGGGGAGGUGGCCGCCCUUCUCGCUCCUGCACCGGAGGUACAGAACUGCCGACUACCCGCUCCCCCCCGCUCCUCCCCCUUAGGACCGGCAGGGGUGAUCCCGGUCUAAACAGAUCCUGCAUGAAGUGGAGAUCCAAACAACAAUCCGUAACAAGCAAGCUCCCCCCACAGCUCCAAUCCUACUCGACACCAUGGAGAGUCUCAGAGCACCAAAAGGAGACUCCAUGUACCUGCAGCUUCAAAGCAGGCUCCCACAGCGACGGGCAGAUGAGACAGCAACUGGAUCCCACGACGCUGCACCUUGCGGUGCCUUAGCAGGACCUUCAAACAACCCAAACACCCUUCAAUGCACUGGGUAUCGGAUGAUAGAGAACUCACAAACUGGGACACAGCGGUACAAGCCCAAAGCCUCUAAUACAAUAGACACUGUCCGUACCACGCUGAAACUCCCUGAACAGAGACUUUCCGACGACAUAGAACUUCAAUGUAAAAUUCACUGUUUACUCUUGUUAAUUGUUCAGCACUCACAUAAUAUUCAUCCCACACUUGCAUAGCACCUCACAGCACGCACCAGCUAUGAUCCCAAAUAGUCUGUCACCUAUUAACACUACGAUGACAUACCUGCCUACCUGGCAAUUUGCAUGCUUAACUCUCAUGUUUAUUUCUUCCCCUCCUGUCAUGUAUGCAUAAGCUGUGUUAUCCACAGCGUAGUUUUAAGCAUUGUUCAAGCCUAAUCACAGUUUAACACUACUCUUACAAACUGAAUGUACAAACUAACAAUAAUACAAAAAUGUGCCUUGUAAUCCAAUGUCCCGCAUGUUUAGCGAGGAAAACGCCUGAGGACUGCUCUCGGGGCACCUCAUGCCUGCUUGUAACUCUUAUGUGCACGACAAAAAAUAAAGUAUUUUUAAAAAUUUUUUAAAAAAAGACAGAGGCUUUAACUAAACCCAUUAGAUUUUUGUCGUGUCGGUGAAAACUAAAUUGAAAUCUGCAGCCAAAAUUAACACUACUGGACAGUCCAUUCCAGGUCUCCAGUCAGAGAAUCAUUAUGAACUGUAAUGUGCACACACUACUGCAACUCUGACUUGCUGACAGAUACCCUCCCACCUGUGACUUAAAAUCUAACCGCAUCCCUUUGGUAGUGUUGGUGAAUGAAUUUCAUGACGUAUACCUUAGAGAGGGUUCAGAGAAGGGCUACUAAACUGGUUCAUGGAUUGCGGGAUAAAACUUACCAGGAAAGGUUAAAGGAUCUUAACAUGUAUAGCUUGGAGGAAAGACGAGACAGGGGGGAUAUGAUAGAACCAUUUAAAUAUAUAAAGGGAAUCAACACAUUAAAGGAGGAGGCUAUAUUUAAAAGAAGAAAAACUACCACAACAAGAGUACAUAGUCUUAAAUUAGAGGGACAAAGGUUUAAAAAUAAUAUCAGGAAGUAUUACUUUACUGAGAGGGUAGUGGAUGUAUGGAAUAGCCUUCCAGCUGAAGUGGUAGAGGUUAACACAGUAAAGGAGUUUAUGCAUGCGUGGGAUAGGCAUAAGGCUAUCCUAACUAUAAGAUAAGACUAGGGACUAAUGAAAGUAUUUAGAAAAUUGGGCAGACUAGAUGGGCUGAAUGGUUCUUAUCUGCCGUCACAUUCUAUGUUUCUAUGAAGGCUGACUUGCUCACUUUGAACAUCUAAUGCAUAAUUACACAAACACAUGCUUCAACUACAAAUUGGGAAUGCAAUGCUUUUCCAAAUUGACAGAAGUUAAAGGAAUGGAAAAUGCACUAAAGAUUUUAUUAAAAUUACAGGAAAUGUCAGUUUACUUGCUGAAGUUAUGGGUGAGGAGUGUUUUUUUUUAAUAUAACCCCAGUUAUUAAAAAUGCAUAUUUUUUAAUGAGAACUCAGCACUUCUAUUAAUAAAUUAUGGAACACCCCAGCUAGGGAGGUUUGCUACCUCCUUACAUUAGUUCCCCUCUGCUAAUGGAUGUGGUAAGCAUGCUAUACUUGUGCUCACCUCCCACGCACAUAGACCUCAGAUCAUCGUUUGCAGACCAUCCAGUGUCUCCACAGAUCAGACGCUCAUGCGCACAUGGGAUGGUGUUCGCAUGUGCACAAGCCAGCGUACGCACUAGUGCACAGAUUUGGAGGCUUCUACUGAGAAGCCUUUGAUGGGUUUAUCCGUGUGAAGAGAAUGUUGGUCUCUUCUGGAGGGAAAAAAAAAUUACUUGCAAAGGCUGCAGUACAUUAGAACUGCAACUUCUGCAAACUCUUUUAAGAUCUAUUCCCAAUGAAUGCAUGUAUGUAUUCAUGGGAGAAUAUCCGCUAAACAGUGAUUUUAAUAAAAAAAAUCAGUCUGUAGUGGUCCUUUUUAAAGCAAAUUAUGUAAGUCUCUUAAUGCACUCUUAGAAUAACUUUCUUCAUGUUUUUAAGAAUUGUGAUGUUCUCCUUGAAUACAUGUCUAUUGUUAUGUGAAGAUCAAUUAAGAGUUUUCUCGUUAAUUUUAGGCAAUUCUUGGAGCUGGUCAUUAUGUUUUUGCUGAUCAGCCAGAAGACUUCAAUCAAAAAGUAUCAGAGAUCUGUGAUUCUGUGGAUUGAGAGAUUAAGACCGCUAACCCUCUUUCCUAUGGGCACUCGUUCCAGCUUUUCAGAAGGAUGCAAACAAAACAAUGCAGAUAGAGCACUUUAAUUGCUAUGUGCUUCCUGAUUACUGGUGCUUUUCCCCCCUUUUUAUAAAGACACUUGCACAUUGAACCAGAAUUGUGCCUUUUGUAGGAAUUCAAAUUAGUAGUGCUGUACAGCUUUUACAACAAUUUUCAGAGUGUUUAUAUUUAUAAGUUAAAUUUCUAAGGAAAUAUAUAUAUUUACAGAACAAUUUCAUACCUAUUAACUGGAAAAUAAGGUCCUGUGUUGACAUAUUCCAAGAACUUCUCUCCCUUCAAGGUGUAAGCUUUAUACUCCAUGCAUGUUGUGACAAUGUCACUACUGAGUAAUUCUAUGUACACUGUUAUUUUAUUUAUCGUUUUAAUGUUUUUAUUGUGAAAUAGGUGUCUGUGCCAAUUGAUGCAUAUAAGAAAUAUGCAUGGGUGACUAGAUAUGUUAAGGUGGUUGGUUUCUUGUCUGUGAAAUCACACCAUAAACACAACGCUCUUGACAUUUCACCUAGCCCCUAAAGAAUGAAACACUCACACCGUCAAAAUUUCAGUAUGGAUUAUGUUGGUUGUUUGGUAUACAGUUUUAUUGAGAGUGCCACUAAAACCAGUAUAAAGUAUUUGGUGUGUCAGGUUUCUUUGUGUGUUUGGGCACCUUUUGUGCUAAGGUGUGUUUUGAUAGGUGCCAAUAUCAAUGAAAAUCCUCAUGGCUGAAAUUCUGCUGCUGUUGAAAUUGUUGUGUGUUCCCAAGGCUGCAUUUGCACAUUUUUCAGCCCAUUGCUUUUUGGGAAGUGUGUUUUAUAUGGAUGCAUGGUUUUGUUCUCACUCGUUUUUCAUUUUAAUAAAGUUCAUUUAGGCAACUGGAACAAGUCAGUAUUUCAUUGAAAUAAUUUUAAUUCAAACUAUAAAAUUAUUUUUUUCCUCUGAAAAAGUUGGAGUAGUAAAGGUGUGGAUGUGUAUGGCAGCUAUGCUUGUUUUACUACAACCUGCACAUUUGCAGCCUAUCCUUCAAAGUGUGGCAGUUCUAAGUUAGUCAUUCGGGAGUUAAGGAAGUCUGUAAAUCAGUUAUCAUUCAUUUUAUACUGACUUUUUUACUACAAAACUGGCAGGGUUAUUUACUAAACUGAAUUUCAAAUGUAAGCAGAGUAGCUUGAAGCAAAGCUGACUUAGAGAUUUGUUUUUCCAUUUUGGCUAUUUUCACUGUAAAGUUUGAAUUCUCAAUUUAAUGAAUAACCCUGUGGGAUAUGUCUAGAUCCGAUAUAAAGCCUGCAGGCUAACAGAAGGGUGACCGUUAAAGCUGUUGCACUAAAACUCUCUUGUCUACAGCCAUUACUUGAAGUACAGCCCUGAUGUAAAAAAUAAUAUUUUUAACACAAAAAUGUCCCCAGUGCGUGAAGUAUCUUUCAGUUCCUUUGUUGCUCAAUAAAAGUCUUUCAAAAUAUUGCCAUAGAACUGAAGUAAUUGAAUAGAUUCCUCAAAGUCCUCUCUAAAAACAUAAUGUCUAUGGGAAAUGGUCAAGCUCAGAGGUUGUGGAUCUGUGCAUUUAUUUUUAUUUUUUUUCACAUGGAUCAAAGCUUUUGAUUUUCUGUUUGACAUUGCCAAGACAGCUGGCAUUAGUUAGUGGGCCUCUCUGGUAUUUCUCAUAAUAUUAAACCAUUUCAGAUUUCAUCUAAAAGUACAGUAUAGUUAACUUGUUGAUUUACUUGUUACCAACCGGUGGAAACACUUCACCUCAUAAUGUUUAAUAUCUGCUGAUAUGACUUACUAUAAACAAAAUUAUGUACACAAGAUUUAUGGUAACGCAAUAUUCGUUUUGCAAAUAGUUUUUUAUUUUUUUUUUUCUCUGUAAGUUCAUAGCUGUAACCUAAAUUAAUGAGACUCUGAUAGCAUCAUUGACAAUCAUACAUGCCUCUUACAUAAGAUAUGCAAGGAGAUCGCACUUUGUGUCUCCCUCUAGUUUGUUUUUAUUUUUUUCUUAGCAGUGAAUUGAUAUCCUUCCACCUGCUGAUAUGAUGUACGUGAAACGAUCCUCCCUCAGACAUCUCUUGCCUAGAGUGUGCAAUACAACUCCUGUGUUUCUUGAUUUGCUUGUACAGGGUGUCUUGACUUGUUCUGUGAGAGCUGCUACCAUUAUGAACUUCCAGCCAGUUUUAGCACUUUGUGGUUUUGAGACAAACGUUUACUAAUAAGAGGUGAAUUUUGUUAUGUGUAGGUUUUUCUUAUUUCAAACAUGAUCUCCUUUGUUGACAAAGUAAUUGAGGGUUGGUCCACUCCAUCCUAUUGAGUACCUUUUUAUUUUACGACCAUUACUUUUUAAAUAUAUAUAUUAUAUAAAAUAUAUUUCCAGCACCCACAUCACAACUGGAGUGUAGGGAAAUGUAUUACAUACAGGUUAUUGUAGAUGUAUGUACAUGUUUUAUUAUAUACAGUUCCAGUGACUGACUUAGAAUUCUAUGAACAAAAUAUAUUGUGAUUUAUAACCAACUUGUUUUGAGAGAUUUUUUUUGCUUGAACCUGCACAACUGGAAUGUUGUAAGAGCAUAUCUAACAUCUUUAAAUUUAAGGUUUUUGUUUUACAAAUGAUGUUGUAAUGCAAUAAAAGAUUUUACUAACACCAUA